GUCAGCUGAUGUCUUAGCGUUAGCUACAAAAAUAGCAAACAUUUGGAGCAGUUUUAGCAUUUAUUUAAAUAAAAACUCACAAGAAUUAUCAUGUUACGUCCAAAAGCAUUAACACAGGUUCUCAGUCAGGCAAACACAAACGGAGUACAGAGCACAUUAUUGCUAAAUAAUGAAGGUUCACUCCUGGCAUAUUCAGGUUAUGGAGACACAGAUGCUCGAGUAACUGCAGCAAUUGCAAGCAACAUUUGGGCUGCCUAUGACAAAAAUGGACACCAGGCUUUCAAUGAAGACAAACUGAAAUUUAUUUUAAUGGACUGCAUGGAAGGCAGAGUGGCUAUUACUCGGGUCGCAAACUUAUUGCUGUGCAUGUACGCAAAGGAGACUGUGGGGUUUGGGAUGCUUAAAGCCAAGGCUGAGGCUCUAGUGGACUAUCUCCAGGAACCAUUAACACAAGUGGCAGCAUCAUAGAAAUCUCAUUUAAAAUAGCUUUGUUCCUGUGAUUGUUGGCUCAUAUUUUGUCAAUUUAUUUCAGGUUUUAUUUAUUUGAUUUCUUUCCCUUUAUAUGCUCAUAACUAAUUAAAGCGCUAGAAAAUCUUCAAGAAGUUUAGCGCCAUCUGAUUUCCACCUUUUUGGAUGCUAAAAGAAGCUGUAAGGGGAAGAAGAUUUUCAUGUGAUGAUGUGAAAGCAGCGCUGCAUCAGUGGCUAUGCGCUCAACCAGAAACAUGUUUUGCUGAUGGCAUUAAAAAGUUGGUACAAUGCUGGGAAAAAUGCAUCGGAAGGUGACGAUGUAGAAAAGUGAUGUCAUUUGUUAUUCUGAAUGAAUAGAGUUAAAAAAAAAAGUGCGGAAACAUCUUGAAGAACCCUCAUAGUAUGUACAGUGGGUGAGAGAAGUAUUGAACCACUUUUAUUUUUGUUAUUUAAUAUACCCUAUGUGCAUAUGAAUGUAUUUUGAUGAUUACAAAAGCAAUCACCUUAAACAUUUGUUAAUUCAACGAAUGUAGAAAUUUGCAGGUGGACAAUUCCUAGAACUACAAGAUGCUUUCAGAUUUAUGACAAGGAAUGUGAAUUAGUAGCCAGCAGUCAUUUAAAAACGGCAUAGUUUAGUAGGUCAGUUAAAAAAGCUCAGUUAUGCACAGAUAAAAUCAUUUAGAUAAGAACAUGACCGAUCAGAUUACUGAAAAAUAGAAAUUGUUGUAAAUAGUUCAGCCUGUCGUGUUUGAAGAAAUAAUUGUUGUGCAUGUAAUCCUAUAAACACCAAACCCACUGUGAAAGGUGGAGAUGAGAGAAUUCUGAUAUAGGGCUGUUUUUGUAUAUUGUACUGCAUCGUUACACAUCAUCAACAGAAACAUGAAGGGGGUAAAUUUACAGAGACAUGUUAAAAAAUAAUUUUAUGUCAUCCUGCAAGAAACUAAAUCUGGACGUUUUUUUUACAAGACAACCCCAAACAUACAAACAAUCCAAGGUCCAAAUAAUCCAAAGUUUGUUUCUAAAAAAUAUUAAAGGUAAAUAAAUGCAUUAAAUGUAUAUAAAAUUACAAAACAAGUGGUGGAAUACUUUUUAAACUCCCACCAGAACUCACAUCUAAUGUUUUCUGUGUUUGUGUUUCAAAACUAAUGACUUUAUGACCAAUAACAAGAUUCAAUAUUUGUUAAAACAAAUAAAUCAGCUUUUUUGUA